AUGGAUGGUUCUUUGUCUCCAAUUCCUGUUCAUGAUAUGAUCUUCGAUGAAUUAUAUUCACAAUCUUUCUUUCAAAUGGAUGAUCAGUUUUCUUUCAUGAACAAUAUUCAUCCAUACAUGUCUUCCAACCAAUCUAUGAAUAAAUCAAUUCCUGAUCUUGAAGACCCAGUUUGUCAAAAUUGGUCAUCUCCAUCUUCUUCUUUAUUAAUGGAUGGAUCAGAUCAAGUUCUGAGACAGAUUCCAUUGUCAUCAACUUUGAAUUAUGAUCAUCUUGUUCUUCAUGAUCAAGCCAUUGAAGCUUUUAGACAAUCAAGAAAUCCUCGAUUCCCAAAUCCUGAAGAGGAACAUCAAGUUAUGAUGCAGGCUUUUCUUGCUGUUCUUUCUCCCAACCAUAAUUCUUCAUCUUCUUCUCCUUCUCCUUCUUCUUCUCCGGCUCUGUUAAUUGCUUCACAAAACAACUGCAGCCCUAGUUCAUCAACUGCUUUCAGAACAUUUGACUUUUCACGACAACGUCUAGAUGAUGAAAUGCACGGUGGUGUCAACGUCGUAUCAGCGAGCACUCAAUUUCAUCACACAAUGUCGGAGAGGAGAAGAAGAGAGAAACUCAACGAAAACUUUCAAACACUUCUAUCGUUGCUUCCACUUGGUACAAAGAAGGAUAAGGCUUCGGUACUUUCAACUAGCGUAGAUCAUUUAACAUCAUUGAAAUCUCAAAUAUCGGAGCUUACGAGGAUAAACCAUAAUUUGGAGGCGGAAGUACUACUACAACAAUCGCAUAAUUUAAGACAACAAAUAGGGCACAAAGAACUAAUUAUUAAGAAUUGUGAAGUAGAUAUUCGUGUGUCAGACAUAGUUGAAUCGUCGACAUCAUCAUCGUCGUCAAGAUUUGAAUCGAGAACGAUUGAUUUGGAGGUGACAACAAGGAGAGAAUGUUGUCUCGUAGAUUUGGUGAUUCGCAUAUUAGAGUUGUUGGAACAAACUCCAAACAUGAGAUUGAUGUCUCUCUAUACAAAAACAUUAACAAUUGGAUUAAAUCCCAUUAGUUCCGUAAUGGUCAGAUUAAACUUAACUAAUAAGCAUGGAGAAUGGGACAAAGGCUCUUUCCAAGAAGCAGUUAGAAGAGCAGUUGUUGAGAUCUAA